UAGUAUUUUACUAUUACAAUAUUACUGUAGUGAAAAUUUGGCGCCACUACAGUGAGCCCCGCUGGAGCACAACAGCACAGACGACACCGCGCCGACCGCCAGCGCCUACCGACACCCGAGAGACCCGUCAUACUGCUCGUUCGAAAUCAAGCACCGCGUAAACUGCAGAUUUCGUCAUCAAGCACCAAUGAUUGGCGUGGCGGAGCUUGUGGGCAAUGCCGCACGCCGCGCUCUAUGAGGAAAGCAGAACUAAGAAUGGGCGAACAACGAUUACUAAUAGAUUCACUUCCCAAAACUACAUUGGAACGAGCAGAACGUCAUAGUAUUCCAGUACUGCAUUGUACGUGAUUCUAGUGGCACAACCGUGAAGUAAGCAAUAAAACGCAUACUCAGGUCAGUCAUUUCUCCUUUUCUGACCAAGAAAACCGGAGGUUACGACCUAUACAUUCUUUUGUGAUGAACGAAUUCGUUCUCCAUUUGUCUUCUACACAGCAACUUAGCGACGAAAUUGCUGGAAGUGCACAGCUUUAUUCAAGCGAGCACGUUCCAACCCAGACCCGUUACACGAUUGAGGCUGCGCAUCGGCUUAAUGGUGAGAAUACAAUAUAUCGAGGCGUCCAACAGCGACACCAACAGCACCUGAACCGUCUUAAUGGGGAAAUCCGCCACCUUCGGUAUCAGAUUACAGCUCUCAGUCGUGGCGUUGGUGCAAUUAUCCCGGCGAAAAACAAUUUCUGGAACAUAGCAGUGGAUUAUUUUCGCGUCUUCCGGCACGGCCUUCUCAAUGGCCCGCAACUCGCAGCACAAGAGACGUUUCUUCGAGAAAAUAUGCACAACAAUUUGGUUUACAACUCCGGAUAUGGUCGUUUAGAAGCACUCCGAAGUUUGUGCUGCUCUCAAUGGUUUGGUGGUUUCGAAGUGGAGCUUCGAGGUCUCCUAAACCGAGGCACAAACUCUCUUGUAGCAACGACGAAGACAAGUGUUACGAUCACUGAACGCACAUUGUGUGGCGUAUUUCCACACUUGUUUUCAGAGGAUAAUGGAGGAAUUCAGCGGACACUUGGAGAAAGGCUUGUUGGACAACGAAUUAUCAUGAACGGAUCGACACAUUUCGAGUGGGAUCAAGCCAACUGCCGAUUGGUAAGCGUGGUGGUUCAGUCAGAUAUGCUGACACCGAUUCUCCACUUAGUGGGGAGUCUAGAGAAUGUAGCCUACGUAUUUGACGAGGCUCUCAUCACGCUUGAUUUCCAGCGGAGAUAUAAUCUAUGA